GAUUUAUAAAUAAAAUUUUAUUUAUAUGAAACUGUGUUGAAUAGUUGAACUUGAACUUAACAUUCCUUCAGAUGAAAUCGAAGACGCGAAGGGAUAGAUGAAUAAGAAUAAGGCACCUGUCAAGUGAUGUUAUUUAAAUUUCAUGGAAUGCUUGCGUUCUAGCUUUAGGAGCAGCCGAGGCUGAGCAGGUUGAACGCUAUGGCUGAUUUAAAAUUUCAAGAUCUUGUAAAAAUAUCAGAUACUCGAAUUGAUAAUCUUUCAUCUGAACUUCACCAACUCAGUCUAAAAAUUUGGGAGAAUCCUGAACUGAAAUAUGAAGAAUUUUUCGCGCACAACUUACUCACUGAAACUUUGAAGGACUACAACUUUGAUGUCAAUCCACAGUUCACUUUGCCAACAGCGUUUAGGGCGGCGUACUCGCCAAAAAUCAAUAAAGAAGACGAUGGUGAUACAUUAACAGCCGGUAUUAUCUGUGAAUAUGAUGCAUUACCAAACAUUGGUCAUGCUUGUGGGCAUAACCUUAUUGCUGAAGCUGGUAUAGCUGCUGCUUUAGGUGUGCAGGCUGCACUAAAGUCAUCAUCAAGUUUGGGGCGUGUUGUUGUCUAUGGAACUCCAGCUGAGGAAGGUGGUGGAGGAAAGAUAAAAAUGAUCAAGAAUAAGUGUUUUGAAGAAGUUGAUUUCAUAAUGAUGGUACAUCCACAUUCAUACAAUGCAGCUUUUCCUACAUACAUUGCUUGUAUUGGUGUGAAAGUAACCUAUAAAGGUCAUCAAGCUCAUGCAUCUGGAGGACCAUGGGAAGGUGUUAAUGCACUUGAUGCGGCUGUUAUGGCAUAUAAUGGGAUUAGUAUGAUGCGUCAACAGAUGAAACCUACAUGGCGCAUCCAUGCUAUUAUUACAGAAGGUGGAACAGCGUUCAAUGUAAUUCCUGCUAGAGCCAGUCUUCACUGUGGAGUGAGAGCACCAACAAUACCAGAAUUGAAGAUACUUAAGAAGAAAGUUCAUUCAAUCUUUGAAGCAGCAGCCAGAUCAACUGGAUGUAAAGUUGAAAUCAAUUGGGACGGCGAACCAUACAAGAACCUAGUGACAAACUCUAUUUUGGCAACUACCUUUCAAGAAAAUGCCCAAGAACUAGGUGCACCCUACAUGCCAUGGUAUGAACAAAUAACUAAACCUGGUGGCUCAACUGAUAUGGGAAAUGUAUCUCAAUACAAGCCUGCAAUACACCCACGAUAUUUUGUAAGCAAUAGUGUCACACACACACCUGAAUUUCAGGCAGAGGCUGGCACAAAGGAGGCUCAUCAGUACACUAUGAUUGCAGCUAAAUCAAUGGCUAGGACAUGUUUACAUAUCAUGAGUCAGCCCGACUUAAUGAAGGAAAUAAAUAUGGAGUUUAGUGAAAGUGUAAAAGUUCAGGGCGGUGAAUUGGACGAUGAAUAAGUAUUGAUUAUAUUUAUUUUUGGCUUAACUUAUUGAAAUAGGUGUUCUGCUAAAUCUUUCAAUUUUUUAUAGAUAAUAGAGCCAGUAUACAAUGUUGAAAACUGUGUAUGAUAAAGGGAAUAAAAUAAUGGAUAUCUUAUCAAACCAAAA